AGGAAAAAGCCGCACCUGACCCAGCUCGCCGUUGUAUCGUGAAAAAACAGACCUCAUUUAGAUCUUAAAAAAAAACACAAGAUUAAUCAUUUCUUCGUUUAGGGUUUCAGCGACAGAAAAUGGCAAUGAUGGCUGCUCUGAGACGCGAAGGAAGGCGUUUUGCUUCUCCUUUGAUAUCCCCUCAACCGAUCGCCGCCGCCGCUAACGCCACCCUCCGUUCCUCUCUCCUUGCCGCUGAUGAGCAUGUCCCUCUUGGAGUUCGUUCGAUUUCUACGCAAAUUGUCAGAAACCGUAUGAAGAGUGUCAAGAAUAUCCAGAAAAUUACGAAGGCUAUGAAGAUGGUUGCAGCCUCUAAGUUACGUGCUAUUCAAACUAAAGCUGAAAACUCCCGUGGGCUAUGGCAACCUUUUACUGCACUUCUUGGCGAUGCUCCUAGUGUUGAUGUUAAGAAGAAUGUAAUUGUCACUGUUUCUUCAGACAAAGGUCUUUGUGGAGGAAUUAACUCCACAGCAGUCAAGAAUAGCAGGGCUAUUCUCAAGUUGACUUCUGGUCCUGAGAAAGAAACCAAAUAUGUCGUCUUGGGAGAAAAGGCUAAAGCACAAUUGAUCCGUGACUCAAAAAAGGACAUCACACUGUGCAUCACUGAGUUGCAGAAGAAUCCUUUGAACUUUACUCAGGUAUCUGUUGUAGCAGAUGAUAUCUUAAAGAAUGUCGAGUUUGAUGCUUUGAGGAUUGUCUUCAACAAGUUCCAGUCUGUUGUCUCAUUUCUUCCAACCCUGUCAACUGUGUUAUCGCCCGAGAUUGUGGAGAGAGAGUCUGAAGCUGGUGGGAAACUUGGAGAUCUCGACUCUUAUGAGAUUGAAGGAGGUGAAACAAAGGGUGAAAUACUUCAAAAUCUAUCGGAGUUCCAGUUUUCUUGUGUCUUGUUCAAUGCUGUAUUGGAGAAUGCUUGCAGUGAGCAAGGAGCGAGGAUGUCUGCUAUGGACAGCUCAAGCAGAAAUGCCGGUGAAAUGCUUGAUCGUCUCACGCUUACCUACAAUAGAACUCGUCAAGCAUCAAUCACCACCGAGUUGACUGAAAUUAUAUCUGGAGCAUCAGCGCUUGAGGGUUAGUUGAAGAAAUGUUGAAGCUAAGAUACAUGACGGUGACGAAAUAAGACGGAACAAUUUCUUGAACUUAGUAGCAAUCUUUUGAGGAUGUUUUUGUUGUGAGGUAUUCAAUAAUCCUCCCCAGCAUCGGAUAACAUUUCUGGGAAUAGAAAACGUAACUUUGAUAGUUACAGUUGGUUUUCAAUAGUUUUACUUUUAAUGCUUUCAAAACUGAAAGCUGAAUGACUAUGGUUUUGAAAGUAGAGAAUUCUUGUAAAUUGUUGCCAUCCAUUUAUUUUUACGCAUGUGAGUGGACACAUUUGACGGUUUAAA